AGACUACCACGAUCAAAUUCACCGACGCCAAGGUGUCUGCUGUUGAUGAGCCGUCGAAAUUUCCCCUCCAUACAUCAGUGAUUUGACUCAUUGUGACGAAGCUGUUUGAAUAAUUUUUAGGUUUUACAGUUUGCGCGCAAAGGGGAAAAUUUGCAAUAAAAAAUUAUAUAAAAACAUCGGCAAAAGAAUAGUUACCUCCGGUCCUGCUGUUGCUACAAAAAAAAUUCUGGAACCUCUAUAAAUUUAUACUUGUUUGCAGACACAAAAACUAUUUAAAAAAAUUGAUCUUUAACAAUAAGAAUAAUAACUUAUAAAGGAUACAAAGGCAAGCGAUAGCGUCUGGUUUUGAAUUUUUUUCACAAGUUAUCAGAAACGGAAAUCCAAGUUGAAUUCAGUCUAGUUUUCCUUGUUGUAAAAUUAACUCAACGGCAAAAAUUUAAAUAUAAUUAAAACCAAGCUGUGUUUCAAAAAGAUUAAUAUGCAGAUCAACCUUUAAAAUCGUAAGAAAAUUACAUCAUUCAAUUUUUUCUAUUUUCUGUAUUAUGUAACAAUUUAAUUUUAAUAAUUUUCCCCAAAAAUGUAAUUUCAUUGGCUCGUUUAUGUAACACAAUCGUGUGUGCCAUUGAAAUAACCGGAAAUAACUAGGCGGAGAGAGGAAAUGUAAAUGCAUAGCGCUGAUUAAAAAAAUCUAAAAAAAUGUUACUUCCGCGUUUUGGAACAAUUUUAAAUUUGCUUGUAGCUAGGGAGGCCGGCAGACCAGUAACACUUGACAUGAGUGAUUAUGACAACAUGGGAAUUGGUUCUAAUUAUAAUGACAAUGUAACAGAAGCAAGCUCAACUUAUUUGCCGACAACAUUGACAACAAGUCUGUUUAAUCAAUAUCUUAACACAUCAAAGUCAUCAGUUACAAAUGAUUCAGAAAAUCUGUCUCCUCAAUCCAAAUCAUAUGAGGAUAAUUACAAACUAGACGUUGAAGAGGUGGUUGCAGGAGUGGUAGACGCAUUGAUAUGGCCGAUAGUAAUCUUGAUCACUCUGAACGGCAUCCUUCUCUUGCUUUUCAUCGCCAAAUGGGCAAGCAAGUGCGUAUUUCGAUCGAGGGGCUCCGUCCGUAACCCCUCCCUGAGCAACCGCGGAGGACGAGUUCGGCCCGUGCCCAGUGUCGAGUUUUACACCCUGGACGACAGACAGCUCCAUCCUCGCCACACCAGGAGCAUCAUUAGCGUCGCAGGACUUCAUGCUAAUGGCGGUUGGUCUACGGAAGCAGAGGCAACCACCAAUGCCAAAGAAUUAGAAGUGGAGAGCACCAGUGUUUCUAAGUUUUUGGAUGAGGCCAUCCAGGAAAUGGAGAAUGAAAAUGAAAUUCAAGUUUGAAUGAAGUUUAUUUAAUUAAUUUAUAAAGUGAUUUUUACAUUAAAAUUGCACGGUGUAUAGAAGAGUCUUGUAAAAAAAAUUAUAUAAAAAUACAUAAAGUUUAGUAUUUUUAUUUAUAAUAAAUGGCGGGAUUUGAGGUUUUACUACAUGAUUGACUAACUAAAUACACUCCUCUUUAAAUAUUCUCACUCAUUCACACAAUCAUGAUAACGUUAAUAUAUAUAUUUUUUUUAUUUGUUGAUGACCUGAGCGUUGUGCAGUCCGAACUGGCUGUAGAAAUUGGUGGCUUCGUGGUCGAUUUGGGAUGGGUGGAGGCCAAGAUGGGCCGGCGUCAAUGGAUGGGGGAGACCGAUGGACACAGUUUCUGAAAGUUGAGAAACCAAAAUAGGUUCUCCAGUGGGCAGGGAUGCAGGGGUGGACGCUGGUGCCUCGGUGGCCGGCGCUUCCGUGGCGGGCGGUUCGGUUUUGGCCUCUGGGGUGGCUGGUGGCGAUGGAGCGGCAAAAGUUAAAGGAAGAGAGGCAGGAGCUGGAUUUUCUAACUCGGGAAAGGGUUUGGUCUCUGGAGCCGGAAUGGUCUCCAGGUUUGCAAAAUUUGGUGCAUUUAGAGGUUGGAAACCAUUGUAGGAGAUGGGUGGGGGUUGGUUGUAAGGAUUGUAUGAGUUGUAGCCGUAAAGGUCAACGUCCGACCAGCGUUUGAACUUUCGAGGGGCACGGCUUGGCGGCCGCACCAGAAUCCGAACGUGCGUAGCAGCCACUGCGGUCAAUGCAGAAAAGGUGAAAAUUGCAAGUUCC